AUGGGUUGCUGCAGUCAAGUCUCAUUCCAUCUCCAAGCUGCCACCUGCUCGGGCUCCAGGCUGUGGCAGUCGUUUGUAGUGACCGUGUUCAUGCUGCGCAUCUGCACCCCCCACACAGUUGAAGAAGCAUCCAUAGGGACCCCAAAGGGGGCAUUCACGAAGAUAUUGCAAGCCCAGAAGAACGACACCAGCAAGGAGCUGACUAUUGAGCCAGAGAACCCAGUAUCAGAGAGAAACAGCGUGGACUUCCCAAGCCACAUGAGUGAACAGCCGGACUUCAACGAUGGAAGUGACGUUAUUAGUGCACUGAUUUAUCUAUUGCCUUAUUUCUCAGAGGAAAAUCUACAAAAUGGGGAACAGUUGGAAAUUCAGCUGAAUCAGCAGCUACAGCCCCUCAUCCCCAACACUGACGUGAGAAGGCUCAUUUCUCACGUCAUCCGCACUCUGAAAAUGGACUGCUCUGAGGCCCAGGUGCAACUGCCCUGUGCCAAGCUCAUCUCCAAAACAGGCAUCCUGAUGAAGCUCCUCAGUGAGCAGCAGGAAGAAAAGAUAGCCAAGGAAGAAUGGGAUACAGAGCAGUGGAGGACUGAGACCUAUAUCAAUGAGAGUACAGAAGCCCCGAGUGGAAAGAAAGAGCAGGAGUCGAGUAAGCUCGCAAAAGGAGCUCAAGAUCAUGGCUAUCACAACAAGCUCAUCGUGGCAAUAUCUGUGAGAGUGGUCAUGAUGCUGGUUAUCAUCUUCUGUCUCAUUGAGGUAAGGACGACUCGUUCAGAUUUCCAGAGUGCAUCCUUCCUUUGUAAUAGAUUCGGAAUCCACAGACCGAACAUCAAAGCCACUUUCCACGGCUUUUUCCGGCUGAGGUGGCCACUCUGGCUGAGGCGUCUGCUCAGUCCUUUCGGUGGCACAUGCAAGAAAGCCGAGGACUUGCCCCUGUACAAGGAGCCUUCCAUAAAGGAAGAGCUUUUCGACAAGGACGCAGGGGAGCUCAGCGAGGGCCCUGCUGAGAAGACGCCACCUCCAGAGUCCUUGGCAGAAGGUGAAGAGAGCGAAGCCCCCGAGGAAAACAUGGAGUGA